GAACAAACAAGCCUGACUCACUGUCACAUGACGCUCUCCGGUCACGUGAGAAACAAAUAAAGUCAAACUCAGCAGCGAGCAGCGUUAUAUCCACUUCACAGCGUCCAGUUUUACAGCGAUUUUUCCCACUGACCUCGUGAAAAUACUGUAAGCGCAAGAAAGUUGUUCAUGGGUUUGCAUCUGAACAUUUGAAGAGCGUUAGUUUUGUGGGUCAGCACAGUCACACACACAAUGGUGCGUGCGGGUGUUGUAGUGUUACUAUGUGUGUGUCUGAACGUGUGCGUCGCUCUGAUUUGUCCUGAUGGAGGGAUGUGUGAAGAUGGAAACACCUGCUGUCAAACACCAUCAGGAGGAUAUGGUUGCUGUCCACUACCCAACGCAGAGUGCUGCUCCGAUCACUUGCAUUGCUGUUAUCAGGGCACUCUGUGUGACCUGGAGCACUCUAAGUGUGUGAAUAAAACACACUCUUUAGACUGGGUGGAAAGAGUCGCCAUAACGCAGAAAGCAGUAGUUUGUCCAGAUCAGGAGUCUGAGUGUCCCGAUGACACCACCUGCUGCGAGAUGCCUGAUGGGAGCUGGGGCUGCUGUCCUAUGAAAAAUGCCGUUUGCUGUGAAGAUAAGCAGCACUGCUGUCCUUAUGGAACCAAAUGUGACCUUGUGCAUUCAAUGUGUGUGUCGGCCAUCUAUGGUUCGUCCCCCUUCUGGAGGAAAUUCGCUGCUUCUCGUAGGAAACCAUUUGAGAAAAAAGCAGUUGAUCCACAUGCAGACUUCAGUGUUAUUAGAGAUGUGAUCUGUCCAGAUAAGAAUUCCACAUGUCCAGAGGAUACAACGUGCUGUGAACUAGAAACCGGCAGCUAUGGAUGCUGCCCAAUGCCAAAGGCUGUGUGUUGCUCUGAUCAUUUUCACUGCUGCCCAGAGGGCACGACCUGUGACCUUGUCCAUAGUAUGUGUUUGUCAGCCAAUGGCAUCACGGAAAUGGCCACUAAGAUCCCAGCUGUCACUGCCCUGAAGCCUAGAGAGAAAGUAGUUCCCUGUAAUGACACAGUAGCGUGUGCAAGCGGAACCACCUGCUGUAAAACAGAAGAAGGCUCCUGGGCCUGCUGCCCUUUACCAAAGGCAGUGUGUUGUGAGGACCAUGCCCACUGCUGUCCAAAAGACACGGUGUGUAACCUCGCUGCAGGCACCUGUGAUGACCCUGCUGACCUCUCAGCAUCAAUUCCCUGGCUGACAAAGGUGCCUACCUUUCCAAUAGCUCCACCCAAUCAGAAAUGUGACGAGACCGCUUCGUGCCCUGAUGAUUCCACCUGCUGCAAACUCGCAUCUGGAGAAUGGGGCUGCUGCCCACUGCCAAAAGCAGUGUGUUGUGCGGAUCAUCUUCACUGUUGUCCCCACGAUACUGUGUGUAAUCUGGCCGCCAGCACUUGUGACAGUGUCAACGAUCAGGGUCCCCGAUUUUCUGUGCCUUUGGUGAAGAAGAUCGUCGCAGUGACCCUGCCAUCGCAGAACCAAAACUGUGACGAGUCGUCGCUGUGUCCAACAGGGACAACCUGCUGUAGACUAAACUCAGGGGCAUGGGCCUGCUGUCCUAUGCCACAGGCCGUGUGCUGUGCCGAUCAGGAGCACUGCUGUCCACAGGGCUACAAGUGUGACUUGGCUCAAAAAACCUGUGUACGUCCCAGCCUUCCCAGCAUUCCCUGGUUCAGGAAGAAGUCUGCUCUGAGUGUGACCCAGCAGUCUGAUGAUAAUACUCCAAAACUGGCAGAUCCGGUGGACAGACACAUGUGUGACGCUCACACCAGCUGUCCAAGAGACGACACCUGCUGCUUUAUGAGCAAUCUCGGGAAGUGGGGCUGCUGUCCGCUGCCAAAGGCGGUGUGUUGCACGGAUGGAAAUCACUGUUGCCCUGUCGGCUACAAGUGUAAUGAGAAGAAAACGUCCUGCACUAAAGCCUACCAUGAGAUCCCCUGGUACACAAAACAAGAGGCCAGGGUCACAAAGGGGUCAGAGGUGUUGCUUGGAGACAAAGAUGUGAAGUGCGAUUCAACGACCAGCUGUGCAUCUGGUACUACCUGUUGUAAAUUACCCACAGGGCAGUGGGGAUGUUGUCCUCUUGUCAAGGCUGUGUGCUGUGAGGACCAUGAGCACUGCUGCCCACAGGGCUACACCUGCAACCUCGAAUUUGGAACCUGCGAUAAAGCGUCCAGCGUGCUCAGUGUUCCUCUGACACAGUUACAAACGCACACUGACACGCAUUUAGAAGAGGAGGAGCUGUGUGACGCGUCCACACGCUGUUCAAAGACCCAGACCUGCUGUAGACUAUCAGACUCCACAUGGGCCUGCUGUCCAUAUAGAGAGGCAGUGUGCUGUAAAGACAUGAAGCACUGUUGCCCUACGGGAUACAGUUGUGACCCGGAAGUGCACGGUUGCACUAAAGCAUCCACAGCCACCUGGUGGGAUAAUUCUCUUUGAGUGAAAAUCCAUAGACUGACACUGGAUCACAUGUCCAUGCAUAACACAAGUGCACAUCCAUACACACACUCAGCACUCAGACAUGUUGCAUAAAGCAUUGCUUUUAAAGAAGCCCUCUUUGGACAAGGGACUGUGCAUCAUGUUUUUCUUUAAUAUUUAGUUUUUACCAGAACAAACACAUACAGAGCCUUAUGCUUAAGCAGGAUACACUGAGAAACAUUUUAGUUUUUGAUUUAAAUCGAUUUUGUUAAGGGAAACUGACAACAAAACCAAGGCACAUUAUCAAAGUUAUUAUUUCACUUUAAAAUCUCUACAUGUACUCAGUUGCUGAAGAUGUCAGAGUGACUAUAGAAGUGAUUUCAGCAGAAUUAAAGUAAAUGAUAUCUGAA